AUGGCGUUUUCCGUCAUUCCUAUUUUGUCGUGUGACAAAAUCGAGAAAAAAUUGGACGAGCUAGCUCAGACUUGCGUCUACAUUCAAUCGAAAACUGCAGAUCCUCAAGCAGAAGAUCUAGUAACUAUGACCAAACUGUUAAACAGGAAAUACUCAGCAGCAGGAUUUUUUGACAUCAACCAAAGAUUGUUACCACAGCUAUUCUCAGGACUAAUGACUUAUCUGAUUGUAAUAUUGCAGUUUAAUGUUGCUGUUUUUAAAAAAUAUAUUAAAAAUGAUCUAGAAAAAGUUAAUUAA